AGGCAGGAGCUGGCAGUGGCUCCCUGGCAGCGGCAGCAUGUACGACAAGAUGGGCGCGCGCAGGAACGGCCGCCGCCUCGCCGACCACUCAGACUCGGGCAGCGAGUCGCAGCCGCUGCUCUCGUCCGACGCCAGCCACGCCAGCCGCCGCAGUUUCGGGGGGAUCUGCAUGUUUCCGGACUCGGAAACAAGCGAUUUCGAGACGACAGUUACUACAGAGGUUCCAUCGGGAGAAAAAAAAGACUUACAAUCCAACGUUAACAGAAGACCACCUUUCUACCAUGGGAACACGUACGAAAAAUUUAGGAAUGGGCUACCAGACGAGAUGAACUCAAUGACAUAUAAUCGCUUUCAAUACUACAGCAAACUGAGAGCAUACGCACCAGAAGAUGAGUCUGCACUGGUGGUACCUGAUCAUGUAAUUCCUACAUCAGUGUUUGUGCCAUAUGUUCCUGGAAGAGAUCAAGAGAGUCCAAAACAGAGCAGCUUUGUUACAAUAUUUGCAGUAUGGAAUACCAUUAUGGGGUCAUCUCUACUAACUAUGCCAUGGGGCAUUGAAAGAGCUGGUCUGUGGACUGGGAUCUUGAUUGUGAUCCUUAUGGGUGCUUUGUGUCUCUACACAGCAUAUCAGUUACUUGAAGUACAAAAAUGUCAUGGCUUUAAUAGCCCAGAUGGUGAAGUUGCAGACUUAAGCAGAGAGCUCCUUGGGAGACCAGCUGAAGUAGUAGCAAAAUCAUUUUCUUUGAUAGUGCUUCUUGGUGCAACCAUUGUCUACUGGAUCUUAAUGUCUAAUUUUAUUUAUCACUCAGUUGACUAUUUAUAUGAUGCAGUAAAUGGUGUUGUAGCAACCUCAUCAGAUCCAAAUUCUACAUAUCCAGCAGUAUUAUGUAUGCAGCAUCCUGACCUGUAUAAUAUAACUAUGUCCAUGAAGCAUCCAGAAGAGGCUAUAGCAUUCCAUCAGAUUUGGGACCUGGAGAAAACAGUUCCAAUUUUCUUAAUUAUAAUUAUAGCUCCUCUUAUCAACAUCAAAUCAGCUACAUUCUUCACUAAAUUUAACUCAUUAGGUACACUUUCCAUUAUGUAUCUUCUAAUUUUUGUUUUUGUCAAAGCCAGCAAGUGGGGUAUUAAUGUACAGCUCUCUGAUAGUGAGAGCCCAUCUUACGUCCCACCAUUUUCGUCUAGUUUUCCAGCACUAUCUGGAAUGUUAGCACUUUCUCUUUUCAUUCACAACAUUAUAAUUAGCAUAAUGAGGAACAACAAACACCAGGAAAACAAUGGUCGUGAUUUGUCAGUUGCAUAUGUCCUUGUCAUAGUUACAUAUGUGACAAUUGGGGUAGUUUUCUACAUCUGCUUCCCACUAAAGAAGUCAUGCAUAGAAGAUAACUUGUUGAAUAAUUUUGAAAACUGGGACCUCAUGACAGCGGUAGCAAGACUAUUUCUGUUUUUCCAGCUUGUGACAGUAUAUCCACUCAUUACAUACAUGCUGAGAGCACAGAUCUUCACAGCACUGGUGGAAAAUGAGUAUCCUGGUUUCUUCCAUGUGCUCUGCUUGAAUACAUUAAUUAUUACUGUUUGUGUAUUUUUUGCAAUAUUUUUGCCAAAAAUUGGUGCAAUUAUAAGGUUCACAGGUGCUCUCAGUGGUCUUAUAUACAUCUUUACUUUACCUAGCCUGUUACAUCUUGCAUGCCUUAGGAAACAUGGAAAACUCACACUUGCUUCCACAAUAUUCCAUCUGUUGAUUCCAGUUAUUGGGGGAGUAAACCUUUUGUCUCAGUUUUUUGUAUCUGAUCAUUAAACAAGUGUCAGUCAGCUAUGAAUGAAUAAAUUAAUUUUCUCACAGUGUUUUUGGUCAAGAUGUGCAACCUAAGGUUGUAAUUUUGCAACUGUGUGUGUGUGUGUGUGUGUGUGUACUUUAGUUGUAUCUGUGACAGAAAAUACUUUAGGUAUUUCUGUGGCAGAGAAGUUUUUUUACCAAAUCAGUAAUUAUCAAAACAUUACCUCAUACAAGGCAAGAUUUUCUUUUACUUUCAUAAUGGAGGAUUAGUCAAAAUUGUUAAAGCAAAAGUGUAAGCAAAAACAUUUCAUCCUUCAAUACUGUAGUUAUAUUUCUGUUUCCAUUAAGUAAUAUAUAUUUAAUAAAUUUUUAGAAAACUGUGUAAACUGAGUAACAGUGUGUCAAAUGUGGUUCAUCUCAUUAUAAAGCUGAAAAUAUUUUGUAUGUUACGAUCAAGGUUAGUGUCCUCUCCUUACAAACCAGGUAUCUUUUUACCACAAUGUUUUAAUCUACUGUAAUUGUUAUGAAUAAAAUAAGAGCAUAAAAUACUAGUGUGUUGAACAUGUAACAGUAUGCUGCUCUGAGCUGUAACUCACCACCCAAAAUAAAUGUACAAAGGAAUGACUAAGUGCAUUUAAACAUUCAGAACAAUGUAAUACUAAUAAUAACAGUUACUAUAAUUAUUAUUAUAUUUAUUACACCAUUGUAGAAAUAAACAAUGUCUAAUGCACUGUACAACAAUGAUUCUGACAAAUAUGCAACUACAGUGUGUCAACUAUUGAUCUUACAAAUCUAUACUAAAAUGAUGAAAUCUGUCAAUGCUAUGCAAUGAGUGAGAAAUUAACAAAUCAUUUGAUUCUUGUUAAAAAGGAAGAUUUUGCACAACUAGACGAGUUUAUUAAAUAAUUUAUAUCUUUU